AUGGUAUCCAACAGUGAUGAUGAAGUGCAUGAAGUGCACGAUGUGGUGAUUGUAGGUGCAGGUUUAGCCGGAGUCUAUGCUGCACGUUCCUUCGAAGCCUCCGGAAUUGAGUACGUCUUGAUGGAGGCUCGCAAUCGGUUGGGAGGUAGAAUUGUGACAACGGAAGAAGGAUUUGAUUUGGGCGCUUCGUGGUUCUGGCCGGACAUUCAGCCUGCGGUCGCCAAGUUGGUGAAGGAACUGGAAUUGGAUUCGUUCGAUCAAAACAACCAGGGCGACGUCAUUUUCGAGCGGAUGGUGCGUGAAGCAACACAGCGCUACGGGGGGAGGUCUCAGGGAAAGCCGUCAAUGCGUGUGAGUGGAGGAACUGGUCAACUGAUCCGCAAGCUGGAAAAGGAUAUUCCCAGCCAACGUAUUCAGCUCCGAACCAAGCUCAAAUCUCUGGAGCUGCAUGGCUCAGAAGUCAUUCUCACCGUGGAGCAGGAAAAUCAAACAAGGCUUAUCAGAGCUAAACACGUCAUUGCUGCUGUUCCUCCCCGCGUGUUGGAAGCUACGGUCUCAUUCUCGCCCCAGCUGGAAGCCCGGGACAGAAAACGCUGGAGCGAGACCCCUACGUGGAUGGCGCCCCAUGCCAAGUUUUUCGCUCUGUACGAUAAGGCGUUCUGGAUUGACGACGGUCUAUCGGGUACCGCCCAGAGUAUGAUUGGACCCAUGCUUGAGAUCCACGACGCAACUACGGCCUCCGGUAACGCUGCUCUAAUGGGAUUCCUUGGCAUCUCUCCCGCACAACGUGUGGCCCUCGGCGACGAAGCGGUGAAGAAUGUCUGUAUCGACCAACUUGUGCGCAUUUUCGGCGAACAGGCCCGUUAUCCUACGUCAACUAUCAUCAAAGACUGGGCUGCCGACCGCCUAACUUCCACGGCCGCCGAUAUUAGUGCCGCUGGACAUAUCGCUGCUCAAAAGUCACCUUGGGUGAAUGGCCCAUGGUCUAAGCACUUAUUGCUUGGCGGAAGUGAAACUAGUGAGAAAGAUCCGGGCUACGUCACAGGUGCCAUUGAAGCUGCACAAGGUGCGGUGAGACGUCUCAUUGAGGCACAGAAAUAA